AUGCUGCAUCAGGGCAUAAUCCUUAGAGAGGGUCAUAUAACACGAACCAUCUACAAUUUGAUUAAAGACAAGCGCUUCGAAGAUGUCAUUGAGUGCAUAAUCAAUUUGGGAGAGGCAGCCAACACUAGAUCUGGUCUGUCAAUUUUGGGUUACUGUUACUAUCAUGCCCAGAAGUAUGAGGAGGCAGCCACUUGUUAUGAACAAUUGUGCAAUUUGGCACCAAAGAUUCCUAAAUAUAAAUUCUAUUAUGCCCAGUCUUUGUAUCAGGCGGGCAUAUUUUUGGAUGCCCUAAAAGUUUUGAAACAAAUCAGCGACAUUGAUGAGUUAAAAGAACAAUCUCUACAACUGCAAAGUGCCAUUUUGUAUUCGAGCGAAGAUUAUGCGGGAGCUCAAAGUGUUUUGAAUCAACGUUCGAGUGGCACUGCCGAAACUCUUAACGAUGAAGGUUGUCUGCUCUAUCAGGCCGAUCAAUUUGAAAGUUCUGUGCAACGUUUUAACUCAGCUCUACAAGUGGGCGGUUUUAAUCCCUUGAUUGCCUACAAUUUGGCUUUGUCACACUUUCGUAAAAAGGAAAAAACUCAGGCCCUUGAUUAUACCACUGAAAUUGUGGAUCGUGGCAUACGGAAUCAUCCCGAAUUGGGUAUUGGUGCCCAAAUCGAUACAGAUGGUAGUGCCCGCAGUGUUGGUAACCCCAUAACAAUGGCUUUGUCGGGCAUUACUCAGGCAUUGAACUUAAAGGCCGCCAUUGAAUACAAUGAUGGAAAUAUUGAUGCCGCCAGAGAUUCAUUGUUAGACUUACCGCCUCGAGCCGAAAGUGAAUUAGAUCCUGUUACCUUGCAUAAUAUGGCCCUGACAGAACCCCAGGGACCUGUUGCAGGUUUGAGGAAAUUAGCCUUUCUGCUAGAUCUGGGACCACCAUCAUGUCCUAGGGAAACCUUUGCCAAUAUACUGCUCAUCUGUUGCAAACAUGAAAUGUACGAAACUGCAGCUGAUAUUCUGGCGGAGCAUACAAAUCUAACAUACACCUAUUUAUCACAGUAUCUGUAUGAAUUAUUGGAUGCCUUGAUAACAGCCCAGGCCUCAGCAGAGUUGGCUGAAAAGAAAUUGGGCACAUUGGCCUCUAGUUUGGCGGGUAAAUUGAGAAGUUUAGCGGCUAAAGUGCAGGAAGUCCGUUCGACAACCGAUCAAAAUGCCUUAAGGAAUGCUUUGAAAGACUAUGAAAAUGCCUUGGAAUUAUACCUGCCAGUUGUCUUGGCUCGAGCUUGGAUUUCAUGGCGUGAUGAUGAUUUCGUGGGAGCCGAAAGAGAAUUUCGCGCAAGUGCAGAAUUUUGUUCGGAAAAUUCUAUUUGGCGUUUAAAUGCCGGCCAUGUGCUUUUUAUGCAGGGCGAUAAAUACAAAGAGGCGUCUGCUUUCUAUGAACCCGUUAUACGUCAGCAUGGCGAUGAUAUCAUGUCUGUUUCGGCUGCCGUUUUGGCCAAUCUUUGUGUUUCCUAUAUAAUGACUUUUCAAAAUGAAGAAGCCGAGGAGCUUAUGCGUAAAGUGGAAAAGGCCGAGGAACUUAAGGGCAACAUGGGCAAACAGUAUCAUCAUUUGUGUAUUGUCAAUUUAGUGGUGGGCACUUUGUAUUGUGCCAAAUCAAAUUAUGAAUUUGGUUUAUCGCGCAUAGCUCAUGCUUUGGAGGGUGGUUCGGGAGCUAGACUUUAUGCCGACACCUGGCUACAUGUUAAACGUUGUAUUUUGGGUCUGUUGACGGGUAUGGCCAAACAAAAUAUCAUUUUACCCAAUGCCUCGUUGCAGGAGGUGAUGAAUUUCUUGAAAUCUUGUGAGGUUAAUGGCAUUUUUACACCGGCAAAUAUCUACAGUGCCUCAGAGGAAGUACCCGCCCAACCGCUGACCAUUGGCUUAGAAGCUCGUAAAUUACGUUUACUUUUAAUAAAAUUAAGUGAAUAUGAACAUUAAGCUUAUUUAAAUUACGAUUAUAAACUAUGUAUUUAUUAAUUAUAUUUAGUAUGUGAAAUAUUUAUACAAAAACAAACAUUAAAAUAAAGCCCUGUG